AUAAUACCCUUCUCCCUCCAAUUACUUCUCAUCACCCUAUACGCCCUCAAUUCCCUCUUAUCUGAUCUCCCUCCACCGCCAUGGCGCUCUCCAAGCUCGUGAUGGCUUCCCUUCUCCUCUCCCUCCUCCUCGUCCUUCAGCUCGCCCACGCUGAUUACUCCCCGAAAUCACUCGAUUGUGGGAGUGCUUGCAAAGCUAGGUGCCAGCUAUCGAGCAGGCCAAACCUAUGCCACAGGGCUUGUGGGACAUGUUGCCGGCGAUGCAGCUGCGUUCCGCCGGGAACCGCCGGCAACUACGACAAGUGCCAGUGCUAUGCCACCUUGACCACCCACGGCGGCCGCCGCAAGUGCCCGUAAGUCGAAAACGGAACUAGUAUGAACGUACGAGGAUGAUGAUGAAUGUUUGUUCUCCAUUUGGUAAAUAAUAAAACGGGUGUGGUCAAAGCAAUAAAGAAAAUGUUUGUAGUAGUUGCUGAUAUAUAUCUACGUCAGCAGGGGCUUUAUUUUUUUUUGUUUUUUUUUUGUGAAAUUAUAUGUGUAACUGUGUCUUGUUGCAAUGGAUGUUGGAGGAUUAAUGAAAAUAUACGCAUCACUGUGUCAUGUAUUACUACUUCGUCAAUCCUAAACAGUGGCGGAACCAGGAUUCUCGUACAUGUGUGUCGGCCGACAAAAUGA